UAGGCCUGAACCCUGUUGCCCAGCAACCUUACCUAAGCAAUAUGGGGCUCCAGUCGUCCACCAGGCAAACCCUCGGUGGACUGACGGAAUGAGUUGGGGGCUCUGAGUAUUGAGAGAUCCCAGGAGGUACACUCCCCACCCCCAUGGAUGUGGCUAUGCCCAGAGACUGGCAGUACCUAAGGGUGGGGUGAUAAUUGUUUCUACUCGUACCUGAAGGACUCUUGUCCAAGAAGCAUGAAUUCCUAGCAUUCCCUGUGGCGGGACAGGACGGGAAGACGGGGGGUAGGGGAGAGGUACAAGCCCCACCUAGGGCAGUGGCCACAACACUGAGGGGCAGACAGAGCCAGGAGCCUGGGAAGGAAGCAGGAUGGCAGCAGGGGCAGCGGCAGGAGCCUGGGUGCUGGUCCUCAGUCUGUGGGGUGAGCCACUCCCCUCACACCAAUCCUCCCCACAGAAAGCACUUCAUCCUCCUCCCCACAUCUGCCCAGAACUUUUCCUGGAACCCGGGCACUGCUUUUCAAGCUCCCUCACCCAUCUUGUCCUAGUUUUGUUAGCUCUCCCUUUCCCACCUACCCCUCCACCAUUGUACUGUCUCCCAGGGGCAGUAGGAGGCGACCGAAACAUCACAGCCCGGAUUGGGAAGCCACUGGUGCUGAACUGUAGGGGAGCCCCCAAGAAACCACCCCAGCAGCUGGAAUGGAAACUGAACACAGGUCGGACAGAAGCUUGGAAGGUCCUGUCUCCUCAGGGAGGCUCCUGGGACAGCGUAGCUCGAGUGCUCCCCAACGGCUCCCUCCUCCUGCCGGCAGUAGGGGUCCAGGAUGAGGGGACUUUCCGGUGCCGGGCAACAAGCAGGAAGGGAAAGGAGACGAGGUCUGCCUACCAAGUCCGAGUCUACCAGACUCCUGAGAAGCCAGAAAUUAUCAAUCCUGCCUCUGAACUCAUGGCUGGUGUACCCAAUAAGGUAGUGGGAGAAAGAGGGGAAGUAGAAAGCAGUCCUGAGGAGAGGAAGGGGGUGGGGACAUGUGUGUCUGAGGGGGGCUAUCCUGCAGGGACUCUUAACUGGCACUCAAACGGGAAACCUCUCAUACCUGACGGCAAAGGAACGUCUGUGCAGGAAGAGACCAGAAGACAUCCUAAGACAGGGCUUUUCACACUCCAGUCAGAGCUGACGGUGAUCCCAGCCCAGGGAGGAGCUCCCCACCCCACCUUCUCCUGUAGCUUCCGCCCUGGACUUCCCCGGCGUCGAGCCCUACACACAGCCCCCAUCCAGCUCACAGUCUGGGAGCCUGUGCCUCCGGAGGUCCAAGUGAUGGUACAGCCAGAAGAUGGAAAAGUAGUUCUUGGUGGUACCCUGACCCUGACCUGUGAAACCCCUGCCCAGUCCUCCCUUCAAAUCCACUGGAUCAAGGAUGGCAUACCCCUGCACAUUCCCCCCACACCUGUGCUGCUCUUCCAUAAGGUGAAGCUUGAGGACCAGGGAACCUACAGCUGUGUGGCCACCCAUCCCAGCCAUGAGCCCCAGGAAAGCCCUGCUGUCCAUGUCAUCAUCGGUGAGACCUCUCUCCAAACCCCAGGGAUCCUGGGGCUGGGCUCUGUGGAAGGGCAGGGACUGGGAACUGUAGCCCUGGCCCUGGGGAUCCUGGGAGGCCUGGGGAUAGCCGCCCUGCUCAUUGGGGCCAUCAUGUGGCGAAGACAGCGACACCGAAGAGAGGAGAGGAAGGCCCCAGAAAACCAGGAGGAAGAGGAGGAGCGUGCAGAGCUGAAUCAGUCAGAGGAGCCAGAGGCAGCUGAGAGCAGUGCAACAGGGCCUUGAGGGGUGCACAGCUAGACCCCAACCGUCAGCCCCCUUUUCUCUUCCCCCUGCUCUGUUCUGGCUCCAGAGCAGUUCUCCCCUGCAUAACCUGUACCCCACCUCACCAAGCUUGCUUCCACAAGCAGAGCCUCCCAUAGUGAUAAGUAAACACCUUACCCAUUUGCUCUCGUGCA